AUGCCUGACAGCUACAACGUCAAGAGCUCUGGCACCAACAGCCAGGGCAACCACUACUGCUCUCGGGACUACGGUUCCAGCUCCUCCAACUCAAACUCCUAUCACUACUCCAACACGGACGGUUCUUACUACUACUCCAACCCCAACGGCAGCACCUACCACAACAAUGGACAGGGCGGCUCAACCUACACCGCCCCUAACGGCAACUCUUACUCUUCCGGCUCGAAGAAGUAA